CUCCUUUCCUACCAACAUAAGCAUCUAGAUUAGAAAAGCCAGGCUAUGAUUUGCUAAAUAUUCAGAGCUGCAACAGUGAAUCACUAAUGGAGAAUCAAUCCAAUCCAGAUUCAAACAAAGAAAAUGUACUACCUACUUGGAUACCUCAGGUUGGCAUGAUAUUUAGCACCCUAGUCGAGGCUCGGAAGUUUUGGGGGUAUUAUGGAGGAAGGACAGGGUUCAGCAUCAGAUAGAGGUACAAAAACAAAAGCAAAUUUGAUGGUAAAUUCACGUCCUGCAAGUUUGUUUGUUCCAAAGAGGGUAAAAAGUUAGUAGAUAAAAGAGAUCCUAUGGUUAAGAAUCCUCGAGCUGAAACUAGAACUGAAUGCCCGGUUCGUAUGAUCCUUUCGUUCAACCGUGAGACUGAAACUUGGGCAAUAUCUCAAAUCUUUCUUGAACAUAACCACAUACUUCAAUUGCCAGAAGCAUGCCACCUACUGCCAUCACAACGAAUGAUCUCUGAAGUGCAGGCGUUUGAAAUAGAAAUUGCUGAUGACUCGGGUAUUGCACCAAAACUUGCUCACGAGUUUGCUAGUCGACGAGUUGGUGGAACAUCUAACCUCAGCUACACUCCCCGAGAUCACAGAAAUCAUUUGAGAACUAAGCGCCAAAGAGACCUUAAGUAUGGUGAAGCGGGCAGUAUGUUAAAAUAUUUUCAAGACAAGGCUGUAGAGAAUACAUCAUUCAAACAUGAUUUUCAGCUAGACUGUGAGGAAAAGAUAACAAACAUUUUCUGGGCUGAUGCCAAGAUGAUUAUUGAUUAUGCUCAUUUUGGUGAUGUGAUAACAUUUGACACCACUUUUGGAACAAACAAGGAAAAUAGGCCGUUUGGUGUGUUUGUUGGUUUCAACCAUUUUAGAGAAACUGUUAUCUUUGGUGCUUGUCUUCUCUAUGAUGAGACAUAUGAGUCUUUCAAAUGGUUGUUCGCUACUUUCUUAUCAAUACAUAACCAAAAGCAACCUAGAACCAUAUACACCGAUCAAGAUCAAGCAAUGGGAAAGGCAGUUGGGCAUGUUUUUGUAGAAGCACGGCAUGGAUUGUGUACUUUUCACAUUAUGCAAAAUGCUGUCAAACAUUUAUCUAGUUAUAUGGAUGAAGAAUCAACUCUUCUUGCCGACUUUAGUGCUUGUAUGUAUGAACAUGGGCACCAAGAAGAAUUUGAAGAAGCUUUUCAAAAUAUGAGAGGUCAAGUGCCAACGCAGACUUGGUUGGAUAGUAUUUACAAAGUAAGAGAGAAGUGGGCUGAAUGUUUCAUGAAGAAUGCCUUUACCUUGGGUAUGAGGAGCACACAAUUAAGUGAGAGUCUCAACAAUGACUUGAACAUUUUGAAAGAGCUGUCAAAGUAA